UGUUAUUAUUAAAAUACGAUUUACGAGUGGAGAUAAAAGGUCCCCGGGUCGGUCUCGCCGCCGCAGUCUCGUUCGAACCGGUCUCGCCGUCUCGCUUGCCGACCUACAGAAUCCGAACGGACGUCCGCGCGGGCCGCCAGUGAAACGUUCCACCGUACGCCGUACGAUCAGCACCGUUCGGCAAACCCGCCUUGCCGAGAUCCGGACCGCGUGAACCGCGUGCGAGUGAUCGCGGGACGACGCCCAUGGAUCCAUCGCGUCGUUCCGCCGGCCGUCGGCGUUCGACCGGCAGCGCGGCGGCCGCGAUGAUCGCCGCGGCGACGGCGAUCGCAGUCGUCGCGGCCGCGGCGCUGUCCGCGACUCCGGUCAGCGGCGGAAUCGUCUCGGAUCACGUGUCCGCGUCCGCGAGGUCGAGGCUGGGGCCAAACCGCGGUAGCGGCCCCGGUACCUGGCACCCGGUACCUCCGCAACAACCCCGUCGCGAUCAGUACGGCGACACCGCCGGUACCCGGCACCCGGUUCCGCUGCAGCAACCCCGUCGCGAUCAGUACGGCGAUACCGCCGGUACCCGGCACCCGGUUCCACCGCAGCAACCCCGUCGCGAUCAGUACGGCGACACUGCCGGUACCCGGCACCCGGUUUCUCCGCAACAACCCCGUCGCGAUCAGUACGGCGACACCGCCGGUACCCGGCAUCCGGUUCCGCCGCAACAACCCCGUCGCGAUCAGUACGGUGACACCGCCGGUACCCGGCACCCGGUUCCUCCGCAACAACUCCGUCGCGAUCAGUACGGCGACACCGCCGGUACCCGGCACCCGGUUCCACCGCAGCAACCCCGUCGCGAUCAGUACGGCGACACUGCCGGUACCCGGCACCCGGUUCCACCGCAGCAACCCCGUCGCGAUCAGUACGGCGACACUGCCGGUACCCGGCACCCGGUUCCGCCGCAGCAACCCCGUCGCGAUCAGUACGGCGACAUCGUCGGUACCCGGCACCCGGUUCCGCCGCAGCAACCCCGUCGCGAUCAGUACGACGUCAACACCGGUGCCGUUCGUCUCCCGCGCACCAACUCCAGCAACUAUAAUAACGAAUUCCCGUACCGGAGCAACUACACGGGCAUAGCGCUGCGAACGACGACAAAUGCGACGACCACCGCCGCGGUUUCGAAUUAUCCCGGCAAUAAGAAACCGCCGUCGUCCGAAACGGCCAAAUCGACGAAGCCCGUCGCCGAAACGGCAUUAUUGAACAACACGCUGUUCCGAUCAAUCACAACGGUGCCGCAGAAGAAAUGUUCCGACGGUAUGCAUCUGGGUCCCGACCAAAACUGCCAUCUCGACUUUCAGGAUCCCGAAGAAUGAUAAUCGCGUCUAAUUUAUUUGAGUAUAAAAUAUUUACAACAAUUUAUAUUUUCUUUCUUUCUUUUUUUUUUUCCAUUAUGUACAAAAUUUAUUUAAAAUCGAUUCGAAAACAUCCGAUAAUAAUGUAUUAAUUACCCAUUAAUUUAUAUGUACAGUUUUUAUUUUUUUGUGUUUGUUUUUGUUUUUUUUUUUUCAUCGAACCCCGGCGAUAAGAUUAAAAUAUUUCUCUACACGAACGUUGUUGAUUUAUUA